UAAGUACAACCGUGUAGUGAUCUAGUUGAUAAUAUUAUCAAUACAAAUUAAGUUUAUUUUAAAAUCGCCUGUCAAGCUUAAUAGCAAUUCAGUCAUUAAUUGUUCUUAUUUAGGAUCAUACAGCAGUUAAGUUUUAAUAUGAAAUUUUUUAUAAUUUGUGUUUUUCUUUGCUUAAUUGCCAACAAUUUGGCAAAGAAACAUACUGAAAACAUGACAACCGCCACGGAAGAGUGCCGAAGAGAAGAAAAUAUCUCCGAAGAAGAGUAUAACAAAGUAAUCGAUCAUCAUUUUGAUAAUCCCACUAGUGAGAUGAAAUGUUUUACGGCCUGUGUUGCGGAAAAGAUUGGCAUAUUAAAGGACAACAUUGUGCAGGAAGAUGUUGUAUUAGAAAUAGCAAGAGAAGUUAAUAAAGUGAAAAUGACAAAUAUCAUUUUGCAGAAGUGUAAACAAAUACAGAGUGAAGAUCGCUGUGAUAUGGCUUUUAGAUUUCAUGUCUGUGUUCAAAAUACUAAAAAAGAAAUACUUGAAGCAGAAAAAUAAACUAACAAUAAAUUUUGAUUAUUAAGAACAUUUUAUAUUCGUAACUAGCUGAAGGAAAACUAAA